UUAGGUGACAAUGUGGCACAUGUUCAGCCAUGGGCGGUAAAUACCAGGUACAGCCGGUGCACCGCACCUCCCUGUCGCCCCACAACUCUCCUGGCAUGCAGUGCUGGUUGCCUGUAGGCUGGGAAUGCAAAGAUGUGAUACAACGAAGCUUGAAACAGCCAUCGAACCUGACCUCAGCAGCCUCUGCCCAGAUGUGGGGAGGAUGUGGCAGACUCUGCCCUGCUCAGAACCCCAGUAGUUUUGGGAUGGGAGCCUGGGGAGAGCAUGAAGCCCACUUUGCUCUACCCCACGGGCUACCCCAGCCCACCCCCUGCUCUGUAGGAGAGGGGCUGUGCCCCGGCGGCAGCUCCCCUCGGCCUCCCCACCCAGUGUGGGCCAAGGCAGGACACUAUAUUUGGCCUGGGGGAGCCGUGCCAGUGAAACCUGAUGCUGUCAUGCUGUGCAAGUCCGACAGCUGGAGCCAAUGGGGCCGGCUUGUCUUGGCCACCACCAAGCCGAGAUGAGAGGGGCCGAGAGGGCCAGCAGCCCUGCCACUGCCGGCGGCAGCUCACCGGGGACGGCACACGGACCCAGGAAUCCUCCAUCGCUGCUGGAAGAGGAGGACAACCCUCCAGCCCACCGGCCGGCGGAGCUGCGGCGAAGCAGGACAGAGAGCGGCAGCAUGAAGCAGGCGAGCCUCCCUGAAGAGAACGGCUUCAGCGAGGCGAUGGCUGUGGGCCAGCAUGAUUUCACACCCGGCAGCUGUGGGAAGAAACGCCGCUGGCUUUGGCGCCUGCUCCCAGACAACUUCUGGGAGGACACAAAGAAGCUGCUGGUGCUGGCAGGGCCACUGAUCCUCAUCCAGCUGCUGAUCUUCCUGAUACAUCUCGUCAGCUCUAUAUUCUGCGGCCACCUGGGCAAGGUCGAGCUGGCCUCCGUCACGCUGGCCAUCGCCGUUAUAAAUGUUACUGCCAUCUCUGUAGGUUAUGGUUUGUCUUCGGCGUGUGACACCUUGAUAUCACAGACCUACGGCAGCAAGAACCUGCUGCGUGUGGGGGUGAUCCUCCAGCGCGCCACCCUCAUCAUCUUGCUCUGCUGCUUCCCCUGCUGCGCCAUCCUCAUCAACAUUGAGCAGCUCCUGCUUCUCAUCCGCCAGGACCCCGAGGUCUCCAGGUUAACCCAACGCUACGUGAUGGCAUUUGUCCCUGCUCUCCCGGCAGUUUUUCUCUAUAACCUGGAGACAAGAUACCUGCAGAACCAGAUGAUCAUGUGGCCGCUGGUGCUGAGCGGGAUCGUCGGCAACAUCGUCAAUGUGGUUGCAAACUGCAUCUUCCUCUAUGUGCUCCACCUGGGCAUCGCGGGCUCUGCCUGGGCCAACACUGCUGCUCAGUAUUCACAAACCAUUUUCUUGUUCCUGUACAUUACAGGCAAGAAACUCCACGUGAAGACCUGGGGAGGCUGGUCCAGUGAGUGUCUGCUGGAGUGGGACAGCUUCAUCUCCCUGGCCAUCCCCAGCAUGCUCAUGAUUUGCAUCGAGUGGUGGACCUACGAAAUCGGGAGCUUCUUGAUAGGCCUGCUGAGUGUCAUAGAGCUCUCUGCCCAGUCCAUCAUCUACGAGGUGUCCGUGGUGGCUUUCAUGAUCCCCCUGGGGCUCAGCACGGCUGCCAGUGUGCAGGUGGGCAAUGCGCUGGGCGCCGGUGACACCGAGAUGGCCAAGAGGUCCUCCUCCACCAGCCUGCUCUGCACAGGGGGGUUUUGCAUAGCCGUGGGGGCCAUUUUGGCCACCACAAAGGAUGUGUUGGGAUACAUCUUCACCAGCGAAAAGGAGAUUGUUGACUUGGUGGCCUGGGUCAUGCCUGUCUACGUUGUCUUCCACUUGUUUGAAGCCAUGUGUGGUGCCUGCAGCGGGGUGCUCAGAGGCAUAGGCAAGCAGAAAUUCGGUGCCAUCCUCAAUGCUGUGAGCUACUAUGGUGUGGGCCUGCCCCUGGGAGCUGUGCUGCUCUUCGUGGCCAGGAUCGGCGUCAUAGGCCUGUGGCUCAGCAUGCUUGCCUGUGUCUCCAUCCUCUGCACCUGCUUCAUCACCUACAUCUGCCGCAUGGACUGGAAGAAGGCAGCCGAGGAGGCUCAGCGCCGCGCAGGGGUGACCCAGCCGUCGCCGGAGCAGCUGAACCCAGGCCCUGAACCCUCCUGCAAGGCACUUCCCUCGGGUGUGGGGCCAGCCCCACCACCCCACGCUUACCCCCCUGCCACGGCGGUGCGGGGGUGUGUAGCGGGAGCGGAUGCGCAGAACGGCGUCACGCUCACGGGCAUCACCAGGGUGGAGGGACCAACGUACCAGCUGGAGCCCCAGGAAGCCACGCCUGCCACAUCCCCUCCAGCCACCGCCACGGCCACCACCAUGGCCACCAAGGAGCUGAUCAUCCGGCGUGGGCUGGUGGUAGCCGCAGCCGUCGCAGUACUUGUGCUUGGUGUUGUCAUAAAGCUGAUGACCAGCAAACACUGACUCACACCAGGGACUCUGGGGACUUUGGGGGCGAAAGCCCCCCUGACAGACUUACAGAGCACAGAGUGGCCAGCGAGAGCAUCCAGCACAUGCCUGUCCCACGGGAGCCAAAGGCCCCCCAGCAGCAUCUGCUCAGCCAUCACUCGAAGGGUGCUCCGACACCCAACACGCUGCUCCGGGUGGCUUGGUGCGCACCAAGCGUGCUGGGAGCCCCCUCCAGCCUGCUGAGGGAGCCGAGCACAGCCUGGCUCACACCGCUGCUCCCUGACAAAUGCCAAAUAAAGAAUAAACCCAGCUGGACUUGGGCUGGCUCUUCUGGCUGGGGGCUGAGUGCAGGGCUCGGGAUGGAGCAGGGGAACAUCUGACACGGGGGGCUGCAGCCCUUGCAGGAGCUGGGGGCAUGUAGGUCCUGCCCUGCCCCAGGUGGCCUUCACACCAAACCAAAGGUUUUAUUCAGCAAGGCUCAAGGUCAGCUUUCAGUUACGAGUUUGGAGGUAAAAGAUUACCAGUAAACCAAUAAGAAAUUGAAAUUCAGUUACAGACGAGAUGGCUGGUGGCUCAGCCAUGCUGACCAAGGACUUGCCCAGACCUGGGACUCCUGGGGGAGUUGCUGCCCCCAGCAGUCCCAAACACAGCGCACCAGCAGUACAGCAGUCGCUGGCACCCCUCGAGUCCUCGGGGCAGUGUGGCCACGGCUCAGAAAGCCUCUGCUCUCACCUCAGGUAGCCUUUACACACCUUGGAUGACUAAAGGUGGUUUCCCCUGCAAUGAGACAUCACCCAUCUUGUGGCGAGUCCUGUCAAGGAUGGGAUGCUGCAGGUUCUUAGAGGCUCUUCCCCUCUGCU